CCCUGAAUGAACUUGGUUCUCGGCCCCAAUGAUUGGGGUUGCCUAUUGCGCGUCGCAUGGAGCUGUGAGAGCAAGCUGGCAAGCUGGCAAGCUCCACGACGUGGUGACACAGACCACAGUCCAUCUACAUGAGUGGGGGUGAUUUAGAAGCGAGAUUCUUACCGCUAUUUAUCCAAAAACCACCAGCCCCGUCGACUUGCUCGGCGCAAGUUGUACAGAAAUUUCAGCAACCGACCGAGAGCGGUUCAGCUAUGCAAGGAAAUGGAUAUCAUCGCGGAGCUCAAAAGGCUCCCUCCGGCGGGAGUCGUCGUAGCAUGCGUCGCUGUCGGGUGGUAUCUUAGCCUCUUUGUCUACCGACUACAUCUCCACCCACUCGCUAAGUUCCCGGGUCCCAAGCUGGCGGCACUGAGUAAAUGGUACGAGUUCCACUAUGAAGUGGUGCAGAGGGGCCAGUUCAGUCGCCAUAUUUCGGAGCUCCAUGAGAAAUAUGGUCCUGUGGUGCGCAUUACUCCCCAUGAGCUUCACGUUAAAGACAGUAGCCUCUGGGACACGUUGUAUGCGAAGCACCCAAAGACCGACAAGUAUGCAUGGAUGAAUGGUCGGUUCGGCAACCAUGGUUCGAUCUUCACUACGUCGGAUCAGGCUCUGCACCGACUUCGCCGCAGCGCACUGAACCCAAUGUUCUCUAAACGAGCAAUUGGCCAGUUUGAGCCAUUUGUUCGGGGAAAGGUCGAUUUCUUCUGCGACAGAAUCGCGAAAUACAAAGGCACCGGCGAGGUAUUGGCCGUCAACAAACUCUGGAACGCCUAUGCGGGCGAUGUGAUCACAGAGUAUUCAUUUGGAUUCAACUACGAUCACUUGGCAUCAGAAGAUUUCAAGGAGACCUUCCACGAUGCGUUCAUGGCCGUCAGCGAGUUUGGGCACAUUGCCUUGCAGUUCCCCUGGGUUACACCUCUGUUGAACAUGUUGCCGGAUGAUAUGGUGCAGAAAAUGAAUCCGCCACUCGAGAAGCUACUGCAGCUCCAGCGCGAUCUCCAGAAAACCAUCUUCCGCAUCGGUCAGGAGAGAGAUCAGAUGGACAAGCAACCGAAGCAGCCGACAAUCUUCCACGAGAUCUUGCAGUCCGAUCUUCCUUCGCAGGAGAAGAUGCUGAAGCGGCUAGGAGACGAAGCGCAGACGAUCAUCGGUGCCGGUCUCACGACCACGGCCUGGGCUCUCACCAACAUCAUGUAUUAUGUCCUCGCAGACACACAAAUCCAUGCCACCCUCCGCAAAGAGCUUCACGACGCCGUGCCUGACCUCUCCUCCCCAGAUGCGUUGAGCUUCCAGAAACUAGAGCAGCUGCCGUUCCUGCGAGCCUGCAUCCGAGAAGGCAUCCGUCUGUCGCACGGGGUGACGGCGCGGAAUCCCCGAGUCCUCAGCGUGCCAUUGACCUAUGACGAAUGGACGAUCCCGCCGCAGACUCCCGUGUCCAUGACCAUCACAGACGUGCAUUUUGACCCGGAGAUUUAUCCGAAUCCAACCGAGUUCGUGCCUGACCGGUGGAUGAGCAAUCCCAAGGCACAGGACGGGAACUCGCUGGACAGGUACUUUGUUGCCUUCGGGAAAGGGCCGAGGCUCUGUUUGGGCAUCAAUUUGGCGUAUUUGGAGCUCUUCACAGCGAUUGGAUCAAUCUUUCGGCGUUUCCGCUUCGAGCUUUACGAAACGGACCUCUCUGAUGUUAUCAUUGUGCACGAUUUCUUCUUGCCAAGUCCGAAGCUUGACUCAAAGGGAGUUCGAGUGAAGGUUGUCAAUGUAGAGAGCUAGGAUCCAUUUUCCUUGCCAGUAGGCUCACAUCACCUCAUAUUUCAAUAUCGGAUUCAUCAAAUUCUGCCAUCAUGUGCUCUCGGCAUGUGUACACCAAAUCAUACGUCAACCGCACGCCUACUCCAAAACAUGUCAUAACCACGUACGGCUCCUAGCCUCUUUGCGUCCGAGACAACUGCGUGGGAUACAAGGACGUCCAUUUCGCCAAAGUCUACAAAAAGUGUGGUACUUGCCAGAAGUCCCGAAAGGAAGAAGGGAGCUUCUGUUGUGAUAUGAUCACAUGGGUUUGAUCUCGUUAGAGAGGAACAUCAGUCUCAGUAGAGUAGGUACACAAGCAGGUAAGCAGAGUAUGUAGUUAGAGCUAACUAGUCGAAAGUAACUCAUUUGAGUUAAACGUAAG